CCACAUGCCUCUGGAAAGCCAGGGUUCAGUGGGCAAAUUGUUUUGGUGAACACCGACUACGCUUUGUGACACUGAGCCAAGGUCCAACGCUGGAUAUUAAACCUACCCGUUACACACCUCUGAAUAUUUGACAAUAGUUUUUGCGUAACUCCUCCAUAUCAUGCGUUACGCAUCCCCUCUAUGAGGGUCACCGUCCCCCUGUAGCCGCUGCGUAGUCGACCGCCGAAGCUGCCCAGCUAGUUAGCAAACAAGCUUAGCACUGCCAGUCAUCACCCAUGUCCUCAGAAGAAAGCUUGAGCUCAACGAUUACGGGCUGGCUUUUUGUUCAUUCUUGGUGGCUGCUACUGCCGUUCAUCAUGCUGCUGGUCGUCGCCGCCUUCAUUGUCGCCUUCAUAUUGCUUUUGUACAUGAUAUCGCCGCUGAUUAGCCCCAAACCCCUAAAACUGAACGGGGCCCACGUUGUGGUGACUGGGGGCUCCAGUGGCAUCGGGAAAUGUAUAGCGAUGGAAUGCUACAGACAAGGAGCUUUUAUUACGCUGGUGGCACGAGAUGAGGCCAAGUUGAUUCAAGCCAAGAAAGAGGUGGAGAAAUUUGCCAUCAAUGAUAAACAGGUUGUGCUUUGCAUAUCAGUGGAUGUUUCCAGUGAUUACAGUCAGGUCGAAAGUGUUAUCAAACAGGCUCAAGAAAAGUUGGGGCCUGUCGAUAUGCUUGUAAACUGCGCCGGAACGUCCUUAUCUGGGAAGUUUGAGGAAGUGGAGGUAGAUCGUUUUAAGAGGCUGAUGGAAGUGAACUACCUAGGCAGUGUUUAUCCAACACGUGCUGUCAUAACUACCAUGAAGGAGAGAAGAAUGGGCCGCAUCAUGUUCGUGUCCUCCCAGGCGGGCCAGAUCGGCCUGUUUGGGUACACGGCUUACUCACCGUCCAAGUUUGCACUGCGCGGUUUGGCUGAGUCUCUUCAGAUGGAGAUGAAGCCAUACAAUAUCUACGUGACGCUGGCCUUCCCACCAGACACAGACACGCCAGGACUGGUUGAGGAAAACAAGACAAAGCCUCUGGAAACCAGAUUAAUUUCUGAAACCUCUGGAGUUUUUCCACCCGACCAAGUGGCCAAGAUUGUUGUCCGAGAUGCCGUGCAGGGGAACUUUAACAGCUCCGUGGGUACCGACGGCUACAUGCUAUCAGCCCUCACGUGUGGGAUGUCACCCGUUACCUCCAUCACAGAGGGUCUCCAGCAGAUCGUCACCAUGGGUCUGUUCCGUACCAUCGCUCUCUUCUACCUGGGAAGUUUCGACAGCAUCGUGCGCCGCUGCAUGAUUCAGAGGGAGCAGUCCAAAGUGACCGACAAACGAGAGUAACGGCCGCCGGUUCCCCCCGUCCGAAAGGUCCGCCAUGGGCAGCGAGGUGAACGGACAGUGUGUUUACUCUUCGCGGCUUCACUCCUCGUCCCCUCCCUCUCACCCCGCAGUGAAAUCUCACUUUUAAUGUGCACAUGGCUUCUUGUCGCGGGAGCAGCCUUACUUUUAGCAGGUGUUUUUUGGUGUUGUGAUCGUGGAGGGAGGCGACAGUAAAGUGUAGCGGUAUCCUGUCGGACCGGUUGUGCCAAAUACGGCACGACGUUCCCUCCCAUGGGGGCUCUCGAGCAAACGAGACGGAUUCAUCACCGUUUCUCCCGGCGUUGCAUGCUUCUAAAACGUAGGGGCCACCGUGUUUAGAAAUAUGUCGUUUCACCCCAAGAAGAAGCUUCCUCAACCAUCUCCAACCAUUAAGUCUUUGCGGGCAAAGACCACUAAAGCGGACCGCCGCAUCGGCACCCUGACUGUUCCUGCGCGUGUGCACAACCGCGCAGCUGCGGUUGCGUUUCAGUCAUACAAAUGGAAUCGCGGUAUGAAAAGAACACGGAGUUUCCACCAAGCAUGCCAGUAGGACUGGAAUGAUAGUGAUCUGGCUCGCGUUUCCAUUGCUGUAUGCUGUAAGCGUGACAUCACAGCAGUCGGACGGGGACCAUUUUGUGCUUGCUUCUUUCUUCUUGAUUUGUUUAUAUCAAACAGAAGGAGAAAACAAAGCAUUUUCAGCUCAGUGUCAGAACUCUUGUCAGCUUUAAUGCCGUGGAAACACACG